UCGAAGAAGAAGAAGAGAUGGUUUGUUUUGAUCACGUGACAGGAAGUAUGAGUUGGAAGUCCAGGUUUUAAUAUCAUGCGACACAAAUCUCAAACAAUAUAAAGGAUAUAACGAUCGCGCACUUGCGCGGAAUAGCUGUGUUUUCCACGAAAACGUACGCGUUUUAUUUUGUAUUUCAUGUUGUUUUUGUGAUGUUUGGUAUCGACUGUGAGCCGACAAUUUCCUUAGGCUACUUUUAGCUAGUUGGUUAGCUUUGUGGACUGCAACCUUGCCCUUUCCACAGCCACCUUGAGUUUGAAGUUGCUUGAUAUUUCUUGUGACAAGACGGUGUCACCUUCUAGCAGCGGCAUUCGCUGGCAUCAAUCGUGGACCCAAGGAAGGAGUGAUCGAUGAAAAGCAACAGAUGUCUCUGGUGACACAGAGUGCCUUCCCCCUGAAAGCCGUGCUUUUGUCUGCAGCCACAUUUCAGGGAGUAGCGGCAUCCCUGAACCAACAGAAUGUUGGAGGGUCUUGUUGCCUGGGUGUUAAACACAUACUUGGGAAAAUAUGUCAGCAACUUGAACACCGAUCAACUCUCCAUCGCACUCCUCAAAGGUGCGGUUGAAUUGGAGAACUUGCCUCUUAGGAAAGAUGCACUUAAAGAGUUUGAUCUGCCUUUUGAAGUCAAAGCAGGCUUCAUUGGAAAGAUUACGCUCCAGAUCCCAUUCUACCGGCCACACAGUGACCCAUGGGUCAUCUCCAUGUCCCAGCUCAACCUCAUCAUUGGUCCUGCCCAGCUGCAGGAGUACGAUGAUGAGAAAGAGAAAGAGGAGCAGAGAGAGCGGAAGAAAUAUCUCCUCAAGACUCUUGAAGAAAAAUUCAAGAGUGAAUGUGAACAAAGAGGGGAGUCUUACUGGUACUCUGUCACUGCGUCAGUGGUUACAAGAAUUGUGGAAAACAUUGAGCUCAACAUCCAAGAUGUGCACCUGAGGUUUGAGGAUGACACCUGCAAUCCAGAUAAACCCUUCUCAUUUGGAGUAUGCAUCAACAAUAUUUCAGCACAGAAUCCUUCCAAAGACACGGCCUGGAAUCCUUUUCGACAAAAGCAACUGGAAAUCGAUGAUUUCCGAGUCUACUGGGAUACAGAAUGUGAAAUGCUGGCAAGACUCCCUGUUAAUCAGAUUCAGGAGGCAAUGACUCAGUGUAUGAAGACUUGGAAGCAUCAAUAUAUCUUUGAACCAGUGUGCGCCUCCGUAUUGCUCCGAAGAAAUGCUUCCAAGGAGCCUCUGAGGUUCCGACACACCCCACGGAUUGAAGGCCAUGUUCAGCUGGAGACCAUGUCCAUACGUUUAUCUCAGGUCCAGUAUCAACAGAUCAUGGCAUUCCUCAAGGAACUAUACCGCCGGGAAAGGGAGAUGCUUUACCGAAAAUGGAGACCCAACUGCCCCAUCUCUGGAAACUGCAAACAAUGGUGGAUGUUUGCCAUUCAGGCAAACCUAAGUGAGAUCCGUGAACAGAGGCGUAGAGGAAGUUGGACGUUUGCCCUCCAGCGUGCACGAGAUGUUCAGACUUACACCAGCUUGUACUUCAGAAAACUCAAAGGAGUCCCGUUAAGUCCCCAGGAAGAGAGUGAGCUUGAGCGAAUAGAAGACGAGCAGACUUUGGAGGAACUGCAGAGUCUCAGAGAAAUCGUCCAUGACUGGUUUCGAAAACAAGAAGAGAUUAUUGAGCAUAUACGAGAUCCAAGCAGUGAACCGCAGCCCACUACACAGACGACGACGUCCAUCCCCAAGAGUGGGAGUUCGGGUAUGAUCCAGUACCUGCAGUCUUGGUUUCCUGGUUGGGGUGGCUGGUAUGGAGAUUCUCUGGACCCAGACAAAGGCCCAGAGGUGCUUCUGCCCAGCCCGUCUUCCUGGGAUAUUUUGGCAGAAACAGAUGACUUGUUCGACCCAUUAGAGGACUCCCAGACUCUGAAUACAUUUACCAGGCGAGAUUACCUGUUUGCCCGGCUGGAAUUCUUGCUGGAGAAAGGUGGAAUCACUCUAUUUCAUCAGGACAGUAGGGAUGAGAUCCUACAUGAGAGUGGAGUUAUCCAGCUAGAGGUUUCAGGUAUGAAGGUGGUUGUGGAGUCUUUGCCUCGCUCAGAGUCUUCCCUCCUGUCUGUGAAGCUGGGGGGUUUAUUCCUUCGAGAUUUGACAACUCACGACACCAUCUUCCCUGUACUAGUGUCUCCGAAAUUGGACAAGGUUGUCAUUGCUGUUAACCAGACAUCUGGACAGUCCAGCAGCAACUCAGGAUCCAAUGCAGAGUGUUUUUCAUCACCAGUCUUUGAAAUGCUUUAUGAGCGUAACCCUGUGAGGUCCAAGUUCGAAAGACGACUGGAAGUGAACACCAGUCCACUUAACAUCAUCUACAACCCGCAAGCAAUCAAAAAAGUAACAGAAUUCUUCUACAAAGGACGAGUUCAUUCUUCUGGUUUUGGCUACCAGUCAGAACUAGAGCUCAAAGUGGCAGAGGCUGCCCGGAGGCAAUAUGACAAGUUAAAAAGGCAGACAAAGGCAGAAAUACGCCAAACUAUUGAUCAACUUCUUGUGGGAGAGUUUAUUGAAAACAGUAAGCGUUGGACGAUGAAGCUGGACAUCUGUGCACCACAGGUCAUUUUUCCCGAUGAUUUCCAGUCAGGAGACCCAAUGUUGGUUAUCGUGGAUUUAGGCAGGAUUCUGCUUACGAACUUUCAAGAUGACUCCAAAGACUCAAAAGCUGCUCAACCUCAAAGGGAAGACCUAAGUGAUGAGGAGUACCAGACACCCCUUGCCACUCCACCCGAGUCUCCACCUGAGCUUCACAUGCCGUUGAAAGAAUGGCUCAAAUGUCCCGAACUUCCCAGCCUUGGCUCACCUGAAAGUACAAAGGCCUACAGUAGGAAGCUUUAUGAAAGAUACUCCUUGUCCUUUAAGGAUCUGCAGAUAAUGGUUGGCCGCUACAAGGACAAUUGGAAAAACCUUCAAGAGAGUGAAGUGGGUCCGACUCAUGUGGUGGAGAAAUUCAAUGUGUUGUUGCAACUGGAGCAGAGACUGCGCUACACAUCAGACCCACAGCUCCCAGGAGCAGUGCUCUCAGGAACUCUACCUGAUCUUAAGGUCCAUAUCAACCUUGAGAAGAUGACUGCUUUGAGAAGUUGUCUGGCUAGGCUAAGCAGUUCUGCUGUGAAUGGAGACAAACUCCACGAUAAAGGAGUAAAAUCUCCCGACCCGCUUACUCUCCGCCAUGAAAAGAUCUUUCAGAGAGAGGACAGUUCCUGGAAAAUCCAAGGUUCAGCCAAGAACUUGACACAAAGCGUGAUGACAUUAGAGCAGCACACAAGAGAAGUUCUGGUGGAGUCCCGCCUACUGUUGGCUGAAUUUAACAUCAACUAUAUGCAGCUGGGUGUGGAGAGUGAUGGCCGCUACAUAUCUGUUCUGAAAGUGUUUGGAACCAAUGCUCAUUUUGUCAAGCGACCUUAUGAUGCUGAGGUCUCACUUACGGUCCAUGGUCUCCUUCUUGUGGAUACGCUACAAACCUAUGGCUCCGACUUCGACCUCCUGGUGUCAUCUCAUAAAAACCUCAGUUUUGACAUCCCAACUGGGAGUCUCCAAGAGAGCCAGCCAUCUUCUCCAAUGUCGUAUGACAGCAGGUCUUCUGAGCAUCAGAGCCACCUCAAUGAGUCCUCCUCAGGUUUGCGCACGGAUCGAAUCUCUGGUCUAAAUUCCUUUCUCAAAGAUCAAGAGGCUCUGAUUAAACUUGAAUACCAAUUUGUUAGCUCAGAUUGUCCUUCCAUGAACCUGGACAGUUCCCUUCAGGUGAUAAGCAUGCAGGUCAACAACUUGGACAUUAUUCUAAACCCUGAGACCAUGGUGGAGCUUCUGAAGUUCCUUCAGAAGUCCUUUCCGAAGGAGGAAAACCCCUGGGCAUCAUCAUUGCAGCAACCUACAGCACAGCUCUACACUGAAGAAGAAGGUGGCACUUUUCAGUCAACGUAUGACCAGAACAAGGAGCUAACUGUCGAGAUUCAUCGACUUAACCUCCUUCUCCUUCGAACUGUAUCCACGGGUGCUGUCUUGGGUGCUGAAAAGAAAGGUUUGAAGAUUGCCACAGCCAGCAUCACCGGCACCAAGGUUAAUGUUUCCUUAGGCAGUCGAAUGGACAUCAACGGCACACUUGGUGCCAUGCAGUUGGUAGACCUUACCCAGGAAGGAGGCCGUAGUCAGUUUGUAGUGAGCAUUGGCAACGCAGAAGACAGCUCCUCAACUUGUGAAGGACUACCAUUACUCGACGACAAGGAACUUUCUCCUUCAGAAGCUCUGAAUUUCCAACUUCGGGAGAAGUCCCAAGGGGACUGCACGUUACAUUUACAUAUGGCGUCCUUACAUUACAACCACUCAGCCAAGUUCUUAAUGGAGUUGAGUCUUUCCGCUAAUGAGGUGGAGGACAAUUUCCGCUCAAUGUUGAAAAGCGCUGCCACAAAGGUGUCCACAGUACUUGCCACAAAAACAGCCGAGUACAGCGGUAUGUUUUCACUCUUUGAAACGCCCUCGCGAAGAAGUCGAACUCAGAGUCAAAGUUGGGCUUUUCCAAUGGAGGAUGAGGAGGAUAUCCCCAUGGAGGAACCUGAGUCCACCCUGGAUACGUUCUUUGUGAAGUUGACCUUAAAUGUAAACAUUGAAUCACCAGUCGUGUCUAUUCCUCGUAAACCUGGACACCCUGAACUACUGGUUGGACACUUGGGUAGUAUAACUAUCCAGAAUUGUAUCACUGGCCAACAGUCAGAAGGAGAGAGGCUGCAGGUGCUUGUUAAAGAUAUCCGAUUGUACUCCCUGAACACCAGUCAUUUGGUUCUGAAGAAGAUGCAAAGGGGGGAAAAAACUGGCAACGUUCCACCAUCCCAUAACAGAAGUCAGGAUGAACCUCAGUUCACACGCCAUGACUUCUUUGAAUACCUCAACCAAGGAAAAGCCUUCCAUAUAUUAAAAGACACCACUAUGCAGUUCACCCUGGAGAAGUCCCCCAUUGAUGAAGAUAUUCAGUUCACCUUUUUGAGUUGUAAAGAGCCGUGCAAGAGCACGGGAUUGCUGAGAGUCGAGGGGAAGUUUGUCAAACCUGUUCAGGUGUUCCUAUGCAAGGCUGUGUAUGAACAGGUCCUCCAAACGCUGGAUAAUUUAUUUCUCAUUGAGGAGCAACGAGUAACGCCCAGCCAACCACCAACACCCCCACCCCCGACUCCAUCCUCCACCAGGCCUCACCGUUUUCCUGACCCCCACGGAGGACUCUUUGCAAAGGAUCCUCCAUAUAUCAGCUUGUCACACUCUUUGCUCCCCUCUCCUCUGCCUCUGCAGUCCCAAAAGCCAAGUCCUCACUCUCCUACGUUCACUCAGUUGAAAGUAACUUUGCAUGUUGCAGAAUUGCAGGUCCAGCUCAGUGCUGACCUGACCCAGGGCUCCCAAGGCUUAGUCAGUCUUCACUUCCGUGACCUGGAGGGAGACAUCACCAAAGAGCAUCCACAUUUAUUAGAAGUCCAGCUAAUUCUGCGUUCACUGCUCAUGGAGGAUCUCCUGGAGCAAAAUCCUGAGCAUAAACAUUUAAUGGUGUCCCAUGGAGCUCCAAAGCCUUCGACAUUCAGUCCAAAGGAGUACCUAUCUCACAGCUGUCCAUCAGCAUCCAAUGUCCAGUACCCAGAUAUGCCCCGUUCUUUGCCUUCUCAUAUGGAAGAAGCCCAGAAUGUCUUCCAGCUCUACCAGAGGCAUCCCGGUACUCCUUCAGCAAGUCAUCGCAAAGCUAAGAAGGAUCCAGACUGUCCCAGCACUCCACCACCCUCCCCUACUCAUCCUGCAUCCUCCCCUGAGCCGACCGCCGAAUUUGAUGAGUCAUUAGUUCACAUUAACGUCUUGCUGGUAGACCAGAGCCACCCAGAAUUCACAACCCGUUACGGCAGUGUGGGACGAAGCAUCGAUAUUGACUUUAACUGCCUGGAUGUUUUAAUCACGUUGCAAACCUGGGUCGUCAUCCUUGAUUUCUUUGGAAUUGGCUCCACGGCUAAUAAUCAUGCAAUGAAGGUGCCCGACAACUCCCCUCAGUAUGUGCCGGGACAUCCUCUCUAUGAGUCAGACAUCACUGAGCAGGACACAAACGACUCUGUCAACACCAAACUGGACCUCAAGGUUCAUUCAUUGUCUGUUGUGUUAAACAAGGAAGGCAAUGAGCUCGCCAGAGCCAGUGUGAUCAAAUUAUCUGCACAUCUGGAAAUGCUGGAAAGCAACCUGAUAUUGACAGGCAGUUUGGGAAGUUUGUCCCUCAGUGAUUUGACUCCACACGGUGAUCUCUUCUGUGAACGCUUCACCACACGUGGAGGGGAGGCUCUCAUUUUCAAUAUUCAUAGGUACGGGCUGCCAGACCCUUACCUUGAACGAGAAUAUGACAUUAAAGUUUGUCUUCUGAUGGCCUCAGUGCAGUAUGUUCAUACUCAACGCUUCCAGGCUGAGGUGGUGGCCUUCAUCCAACACUUCACACAGUUACAGGAUGUUCUUGGCAGGCAAAGGGCUGCAAUGGAGGGUCAAGCUAUAAGGGACCGCCCACAGCGGGCAUCCAGGGUCCUGCUGGAUAUCGAGGCUGGCGCCCCAGUAAUAAUCAUCCCAGAAAGCUCAAGUUCAACAAGGGUCAUUGUAGCAAACCUUGGUCAGCUGAAGCUAGAGAACUGCUUCUUACCCGCUGGGGCUCGUGGCACUUUCUCCUGCCAAGACAAGGUAGAGAAACUCACCAUGGCACAUGCCUUUUUCCCUACUCUGAAGGAGUCCACGCAAGAUGCAGCAGGGUGGACUUAUGAGCAAAGACAGCCUAAAACUCCUCCCAGCACCCUCAACUUGUGGACUAAUGGCAGCCCACAACCUGAAAGAACUCAUAACAGAGCAAACCCGAUCCCCUCAGAAGACCAUGUGUGUCUUUUGGACUGCAUUGCUCUGGAUCUGCAGCAAAUGGAUAUUUUUGCAGCAGAACGUCUGCCUUGCCCUUCGUGCGACAGAGGCUGUAAUUCCACUGAAAUUUCAGACAUUAUUUUCCCGUCAUACUGUGUUCGUCGGACGGGUAGAAACCUGCUGAAAGAGUGCUGCCGCCUCCAGCUUAAAGUGGAACGAAACCUGGACAGAGAGCUGAGCCAUGCGGUUCCUGAUAUGACUAUCUACGGCAACCUCUCAUCAGUACAGUGCGCUCUGGAUCCAGAGCACUACCAGCUGAUUCGAGGGCUGCUGGAGAACAAUCUUGGUGAGCCUGUUGAAGAAUUUCUGCGACCCUUCAACCUGCAGGACCCCAGCACCUAUACGGUGUUAAGUGGAGACGUCUAUACCAACUUGUCCAUCCUGGUGAAUAUGAUGGAUGUCAGUCUGGAGCUCAUGGAAAGCAGUAAAUCCAGUGGACACAAACGCUCACUAGCAAGGUUUAACUUCAUGAAAUCCAAACUGCUCUUUGAGAGUUUCUCCAAUGGUUCCAAAUCUGUCAACCUGGUUUCUCACUCGCUGCUUGCAUAUGACACUCGAUGCACUGGAGAGUACAAGAGCACCGGUGAAGCUGACGGGACCAGGCGCAAUGUAUUUGACUGCAUUCUCCAGCCUUCAAAAACUGGAACAAACCAGGCUUCUCUGCAACUGGAACUACAUUACAGAUCCACACGAGACUCAUCCUGUUUUACGGUGGUCCUGAACAACCUAAGGGUCUUUCUCAUCUUUGACUGGCUCCGGCUCGUGCAGGAAUUCUUGGAAAUGCCAGUGAAAAAGCCAUCAGGUGGUGCUGAGAACGUUCAGUGUCCAAGUAACGCCGCUGACUUGGGACCAAACACUGCUGCCAUCACCACCGGGGCUGUCAUACCUAAGAGGGUCAAGAGUGGUGUGGUCACUAAGAGGUCCACGGUGCCUGUUACCCUCAACCGCUGCCUAGAGGUCAAAGUCAAUGUUACAGGCACGGAGUUUGUCAUAGUAGAAGACUCAAGAUGCCUGGAUACCAACGCCAUCAUUCUUAAAGGCACUACUGUCCUCACCUACAAGCCUCGUCUGUUGGACAGACCUUUCUCUGGAAGCCUUGCUGGCAUAGAGGUGUUCUCGUGCCGUCUUGGCAGUGAGCAGGAGACAGCACUGUCCAUCGUUGAUCCAGUCAAUGUUCAGGUGGAACUGUGUGGCAGCCCCACUUACCAAAGCAGCUCAGGUCUACUAGACGCCUUCAGUGUGGAGGACAUCCCACCACUGCUGGAGAUCCAGUUUCCCGUUUUGGACAUCCGUCUAUCUUACAAUGACAUUCAGCUCUUCUUGGCCAUCGCUAAAUCCAUCCCUGCUGUAAAUGCUCCAGCAGCCUCUGACUCUGAUGUUGUCACUUCAGCUCACACUGUGCCAGCGGAUGCACCCAAACGCUCUAAGAGAAAAGGUCUUGCCCAUAUAGAGGGCCAGCUAAUUCAUUUGCAGGAUCUUGGGUUCAGCAAAGAAGACUGUAAAAAGGCCCUCAUCCUCUGUAAAGGUCAUCUGGAUCAGGCUGCCACAUGGUUGCUUGAAAAUGCAGAGAACAUUGCAGGCCGGUCCAAAUCCAGCACUGACUCUGGUUCUUCCAGUCAGGCAGCUGCUCUGUCAGGGAUAGAAGUGAAGGCAGAGAGCAUCUGCAUCUGUUUCAUUGAUGAUUGUCUGGACUGUGACAUACCGCUUGCUGAGCUCACCUUCUCUAGGUUAAAUGUGUUGCAGCGUAUUGGUUCCACCCAGGAGGGCAACGCCAGCUUUACUCUUUCAGGAGACUACUACAACAGAGAACUAGCAGGCUGGGAGCCCUUUAUCGAGCCCUGGCCAUGCUUCCUGUCCUGGCAACAGCAAGCGGCUGGCAGACUCCAUCCUCCACGUCUCAAGAUGAGUGUAAGAGCCAAGCAGCGACUUGAUGUCAACAUCACUUCUGUCCUGUUAGAACAGUACAACACAACCAAGACUUCUUGGAUAGCAGACUACUGUAACAAGGACGAACAGACAGAUCAGUCUUCGCCCACCUUGUCCUGGAUAGGUUCCUCGGUUGACCCGCCCUGCUUUGGACAGAGUGCUCCCCUCUCUCAUCUUAGAACUCGGAGCACAGCCAGCUUGAACAGUUUUGAUCAGCAAAUUCCAGACUCCAGAGGAGAUGUUAAACUUUCCAAGAAGAGGCAGCCAUUUGUUCCAUAUGCUCUACGCAACCAUACAGGAUGCACCAUGUGGUUUGCCACUCUGACUACAACUCCAACAAGGGUGGCACUUUCCCACAGCAGUAGUGCAGACUCCAUUGGAGACCUCCACGGUCCUGGUAAUGAUGAUAGCCACAAUGUCAGCCAGUGGCGAGAGGUGUCUCCUGGGGAGGAGAUUCCAUUUGAAUUUGAAGCACGGGAGAAACUUCGCCAUAGGCACACUCAUGAGUUGAAGCUCCAUCAGCUGCUUGUACGAGUGUGUGGAUGGGAGCAAGUGAAGCCAGUAUCUGUGGACAAAGUUGGGAUUUUCUUCCGUUAUGCGGCUCCGGACAGAAACAAUGCAUCCAACAUUGUCGGCAGUCCAAUCAGCAGGACCAACAUAAUCCACCCACAUGUCUAUUUCUCAGCGCUGCCUCCGGUCCGAGUGGUCUUCUCCAUCACCAUGGAGGGAAGUGCCAGAAAGGUUAUAACAGUGCGAUCUGCCCUCAUUCUGAAGAAUCAGUUAGAUGUCCCCAUGGAGAUCAGACUUGACAGCCCCUCUGCCCCUGACAAACCAGUGGUGUUGCCUCCCAUUUUGCCCAACCAGGGCUUGGCAGUUCCACUACACCUAACGUCAUGGCGGUUACAAGCCAGACCCAAGGGCCUGGGCUUGUUUUUUUGUAAAGUUCCCAUCCACUGGACUAGCGUGGAGCGACCUGGAGAAAUCAGCAGUAGCAAGAGAGAUUGCCAGUCGGCGGACUUUGAUGACAACCUCAAGCGUAACUUCAGGUUUUGCGUGGUGAUAAAAAAAGAGAACUACCCUGAUCAGCGACCUGCCAAAAGGGUUUCAGGUAACACAAAUCAGAUCUAUCGACAGCCAGGCCACACCAUUUUUCUACUGCCAACUGUUGUGCUGGCCAACCUGCUACCCUGUGACCUCAACUACUACGUGAAGGGAACUUCCAACAAAGGUUCACUGAAACCAGGAAAAGAAGCUGUGCUUCAUUCUGUGGACACAUCACAGAACAUGGAGCUAGGUGUUCUUUUGGAGAACUUCCCUGUGUGCAAAGAGUUGCUCAUUCCUCCAGGAACUCAAAAUUAUGUAGUACGAAUGAGACUAUACGACACCAACAAGCGUCUUCUUUGCCUCACCAUUCGCAUCAUUCUACGGGCACAAGGGGCGCUGAAGAUUCUGAUUUCUGCCCCUUACUGGCUUAUCAACAAGACAGGCCUUCCACUGAUUUUCAGACAAGACAAUGGCAAAGUAGAUGCAGCGGGUCAGUUUGAUGAGCAUGAACUAGCCCGAAGCCUCAGUCCAUUGCUCUUCUGCUACACUGACAAGGAACAACCUGCCAUGUGUACGAUGCGGGUUGGAAAGGGCAUCCAUCCAGAUGGCGUUCCAGGGUGGUGCCAAGGUUUCUCCCUUGAUGGAGGAAGUGGAGUCAGGGCAGUGAAGGUUAUCCAGCACGGUAACAGGCCUGGCCUCAUCUACAACAUUGGUAUCAGUGUGCGGAAUGGAAAGGGACGCUACCGAGACACUCACAUUGUGACCUUUGCCCCUCGCUACUUGCUGGAUAACAGCUCCUCACACAAACUUGCCUUUGCUCAGCGAGAGUUCGCUCGGGGAAAGGGUACAGCCAACCCAGAGGGUUACAUCUCCACCCUGCCAGGCUCCAGCGUGGUCUUCCACUGGCCCCGAAAUGACUAUGAUCAGCUAUUGUGCGUGCGCCUCAUGGACUCCCCGACAUGCACCUGGUCAGGAGGGUUUGAAGUAAACAAACCAAAGUCUUUCCAUGUCAACAUGAGGGACACCAUGGGAAAUUGCUUCUUUCUUCGUACGGAGGUCACCAUUAAGGGAGCCACCUACCAGAUCUCCUUCACUGACACUGAUCAACUGCCCCCACCUUUCCGUAUCCACAACAUCUCUGAGGUUCCUAUCCAAUUCUGGCAGCAUGGUGUUGUUGACAUCAAGCUGCACACUGAGGUGAAGGCAGAGUCAGAACUGGACUAUGCCUGUGACGAACCAACACUGCCGCCAUACCUGACUCUCACCGUGAAGGGAGCCGGAUCUUCAGAGGUCACAGCUGACAUGAACUUCUUCCGAGAAUACAACAAGCUGUACUAUGAGAAUUUCAUCUACAUUGCAGCCACCCACACCUUCUCACAGAGUGGUGGCAGGAGACCUGUUGGUAAGAAACAUCAAGUAACAUGUGCUGAAUUGGUUCUGGAUGUGGACACAAAGACACAGAGGGUCAUCUUGAAAAAGAAGGAGCCUGGGAAGCGCUCCCAGCUAUGGAGAAUGACAGGCACUGGUAUGCUGUGUCAUGAAGGCUCCUCUCCACCGCAGAGCAAGCCUGCUCAACCUCGCCCAAUGGACUCCUCUUUGGUUCUGGACAUUGCAGGGCUUGCAGCUGUCAGUGAUAACAGUUUUGAGCCAUUGAUGCUAAGGAGACCAGACCCUCGUCGCAGCACCACCCAGACAUGGCACUUCAGCUCGUGCAUGCUGACCUGUGGUCUUCCCCGACUAGUAGUACAGGUAAGGGGUGGUUUCGAAGGCCUGUACGAUGGAGCAGAGGUGGUUUUGGGACCAGACUCGGGGCUUAUGGAACCUGGUCCUGAACAGCAGUUCAUCAACCAGAAGAUGAGGCCUGGUUCUGGGGUGUUGUCUGUUCAGGUUUUGCCAGAUGGGCCCACACGUGUUCUUCAGAUCAGUGACUUCAACCAGAGAAGAAUCACCCACAAGUCACCAAGCAAAGAGGAAGUGAAAAAGAAAGAAGCUGAACAGGAACUUGAGGUGUUGGUGAACUUGGAAGAAGGAAUCGGCGUGUCGCUUCUCAACAAGGUUCCUGAGGAACUUGUGUUCGCCACACUAUCCGGUAUUGAUGUCCACCUCACACGUACUGCUGCUAAUGAGGUGUUGGAAAUGAGCAUUAACAACAUACAGGUGGACAACCAGCUCCUGGGUACCACCCAGCCUGUGAUGCUGUGUGUGACUCCAAUUUCUAGUGAUAGCACUGUUCUUGACAGUGGCCCGGCCUUGCAAGUCAACUCUGUCAAAGUUCCCAGCAGCCUUAUGCUCACUGAUAUCUUCAAGCACCUCAUGGUAACAGCUGGACGCUUCAGUGUUGUCAUCGAAGAGAAAUUGUUGCUCAAGCUGCUCAGCUUCUUUGGUUAUGGACAGACCGAGGCAGAGCUGGAGAAACUGGAUGAAAACCUCCAUGAGAGGCCCAAUAAGGAUGCAGGACCCCCCAAACGCUACUACUUUGAGAACCUGAAGAUCAGCCUCCCUCAAGUCAAGCUGAGCGUUUUCACCUCGCACAAGCUGCCUGCCGAUCUCAAGGCUUUGAAAGGUACCUUGGGAUUUCCAUUGGUUCGCUUUGAGGAUGCUGUUGUCAACAUGUAUCCGUUCACCAGAGUGCACCCCUAUGAGACCCAGGAGAUCAUCAUCAAUGACAUCCUUAAGCAUUUCAGAGAGGAGCUGAUCAGCCAGGCAGCUCAGAUCUUGGGCUCUGUGGACUUUCUUGGAAAUCCAAUAGGACUCCUCAACGACGUCUCGGAGGGUGUGUCUGAGCUCAUCAAGUACGGCAACGUGGGUGGCCUCAUACGGAAUGUGACACACGGCGUGUCUAACUCUGCCGCUAAGUUUGCAGGAACUUUAUCUGAUGGGCUUGGGAAGACCAUGGACAACCGGCACCAGACGGAGCGAGAGUACAUCAGAUAUCAUGGUGCCACCAGUGGAGAACACCUGGUCGCAGGAAUCCACGGACUAGCUCAUGGUAUCAUAGGAGGCAUGACGAGCAUCAUAACCUCAACUGUCGAGGGGGUGAAGACAGAGGGUGGAGUCAGUGGCUUUUUUUCUGGCCUGGGUAAAGGGCUGGUUGGCACUGUGACCAAACCAGUGGCGGGAGCACUGGACUUUGCUUCAGAGACGGCACAGACGGUCCGAGACAUGGCAAGUCUCAGUAACCACAGGCUAAGUAUACAGCGUGUCAGAAAACCCCGCUGCUGCAAAGGACCUCAGGGUCUUCUGCCUCGGUACUCGGCCCUGCAAGCUGAUGGUCAGGAGCAGCUCUUCCGCCUCACUGACAACAUCCAGUCUGAGUUCUUCAUCGCAGUGGAGCCCAUCGACAGCUACAGCGUGCUCAUCUCCUCCAAAGUGGUCUAUUUCCUGAAGCCAGGAGAUCAUGUGGACCGUGAGGCUAUUUUCCUGGAGAUCAAGUAUGAUGACCUCUAUCACAGUCUGGUGUCCAAGGAUCAUGGGAAAGUGUAUGUGCAGCUCACCAAGAAGGCCGAAACCACCAGUAGUGGUGUCGCCAUCCCUGGACCUUCUCACCAGAAGCCCAUGGUCCAUGUGAAGAGUGAAUCUCUGGCUAUCAAAAUCUCCCAAGAGAUCAACUACGCCAAGAGCCUGUACUACGAGCAACAGCUCAUGCUGCCCGCCACUGACAAUGAGGACUGCUUAUUGCUCGAGUCCUGAUCACACACUUAUCAUGGUUUCUGAAGAUGUUUGGAUUUAUGUGGUGGUUGUUUUUUUUUUACAAUCUUUGGUUAAUUACAGAGAAAAUUGGAUAUUCAGACAGCAGUCCCAUGCCCUGAUUUCAGACAAAGCACAUGUGUAUAACAGAGUUUUAAUUUCAGAUGUGUGUAUUUAUCACUCUAGUUCACUGUGUAUGUAGAACCAGAUGUACAUAUCCUGCAAGUCUUCCAUACUGUUUGUGAAUGGGUAAAUAUGUAAAUAUCACAGUAUGGAUGAUAUGAAUAUAACAACCUUCAGAGUAUUUGUGUGUGUGUGUGUGUGUGUGUGUGUUUUUUAGUAUUAUUUUGAGUGGGGUUGAAAUAUAAAGAUUUGCACUGACACAUUUGAGGAUGGGCUAUACCCCACCCCCAUCCACUUUGGAGCUGCCUUCCCCUGUCUGUCUGUCUUCAUGCCUGCCAUAUGUACAACUAUAAACUGAGUUCUGACUUUACUGUUAUCUGUUCCUUGCUUCAAACUUGUGAGCAAGUCAUGGAAAAGUCACUGAAGGGUCAGAACUUUCGGUUUUGUUAUUGGAUGAGAUUCUCUUGCUUGUGUGGCCUAUCAUGACAUUUUGAGGUUUUAUAAUAUGCUGUCAAAUGGACAUAUGCAAAUAAA